UUAAUAUGAGUUAUCGCCAAUUAAGAUACACAUUGAACACUUAUUUUCUAAAGAUUCAUGACAUUAGGAAAACAACUUCCCCUUUUGCAAUUCCCAAGUUAUUGGGAAAACAACAGAAACAACAACAAGGAAGUCACGCCCAUUGGUCCAAAUUUGGGGAUCCAGCGCAUAAAAGCCCCACAACAGGAGGACACAACAGAAUCUGAGAAACUCACUUCUGAACAGAAGCCCCCCCUCCACCUGUGACACCAUGACCGACUCGUGCUGCUCCCCUUGCUGCCAGCCUACGUGCUGCAGGACCACUUGCUGCAGGACCACCUGCUGCCAGCCCAGCUGCUGCGGGUGCAGUGGUGGCUGUGGACAAGGCGGCUGCGGGUCCAGCUGCUGCGGGUCCUGCUGCUGCCAGCCUUGCUGCUGCCGCCCAACUUGCUGUCAGACCACCUGCUGCAGGACCACCUGCUGCCGGCCCAGCUGCUGCGGGUGCGGUGGCGGCUGUGGCCAAGGGGGCUGCGGGUCCGGCUGCUGUGGCUCCAGCUGCUGCCAGCCUUGCUGCUGCCCCUGCCCAACUUGCUGCCGCACCACCUGCUGUAGGACCACCUGCUGCCGCCCUUGCUGUGUGUCCAGCUGCUGCCAGCCUUCCUGCUGCUGAUUGCCUCACCAAGAGCCACCAUCUGCACCCGGCCCUGGUUUGCCAUUUGGGAAACCAAGUCAAGGCCAAGCGUUGCUGAAAGCCAGCACGCCAUCGCCAACGUUUCUGCCACUCAUC